AUGGCUCUAAUCAGCUUCCCAGAGACUUUGAUCUUCUACUGCAUGGUUUCUGUAUUGCUUCUCUUUGGGUUGAAAUGCAUUCUGGGACGGCGCCGGUCCUUCAGGGGUGCGACAGCGCUGCCGUGUUUGCCGAGCGUGCCGGUCCUAGGCAGCCUGCUGCACCUGCGAUCACCUCUUCCUCCACAUCUUCUCUUUUCCAAGCUGGCCAGCAGACACGGGCCACUCUUCAGCCUGUACAUGGGGCCGCACUACACACUGGUGGUGAGUGAGGUGGCCCUGGCCAGAGAGGUGCUGCUGCACCGGGGCAAAGACUUUGCUGGAAGGCCAAAGAUGGUUACCACAGACCUGCUGACUCGUGGAGGGAAAGACAUUGCGUUUGCAGACUACAACACACUGUGGAGGAGUCAUCGCAGACUAGUGCAAUCCUCCUUCGCACUGUUUGGGGAGGGCUCCAGCAAGCUCCAGACCAUUGUAUUAGAUGCUGUAGAUAGCCUGUGCUCAGACCUGCAGGCCUGCAGGGGGCAGUCUGUGGAUAUGUGUCCGAUCCUUAUGCGAGCCGUCACCAACGUGGUGUGCAGGCUGGUUUUCGGGUCAACCUACGAGCCCCAUGACCCCGAGCUCCAGCAGGUCAUAGACUAUAAUGACGGUAUUGUUCAGACCAUUGCACGUGGAAGCCUGGUGGAUAUCUUUCCUUGGUUACAGAUUUUUCCCAAUAGUGACCUGACCAGGCUGAGAGAUUGUGUUCAAAUCCGAGACAAAUUACUGACCACAAAACUGGAAGAGCACAAGUUGAGCCUUACACCCAGGGAACCCCGUGACCUACUAGACGCUCUCCUGAGCGGGUUGGAUGGCGAUGGUGGUGUCACGGAUGAUCACAUUUUAAUGACAGCAGCUGAAGCAUUUGGAGCUGGAGUAGAGACCACAUCCACCACUUUACUCUGGACUAUUGCGUUCUUACUACACUAUCCAGAAGUGCAGGAGCGUCUUCACGCCGAGCUGGAUGAGUGCGUGGGCACGGGCCGACUCCCUUCUUUAAGUGACAGGACCAGUCUGCCGUUCCUGGAGAGUGUGCUGUGUGAGGUUAUGAGAAUUCGCCCUGCCAGUCCUAUCCUUAUCCCACAUGUUGCUAUGCAGGACACAAGAUUAGGAGGUCAUGAAGUUCCAAAGGGUACAAGAGUCUUGGUGAACAUCUGGGCAAUCCACCAUGACCCAGCACACUGGGAAAAACCUGACCAAUUCAGACCAGACAGGUUUUUGGAUGACAUGGGUAAAAAGAUAACUCAACCCAGUUACCUUCCCUUUGGGGCAGGGCCUAGAGUGUGUGUGGGUGAAUCGUUGGCCCGUAUCGAGCUCUUCCUGUUCCUCAGCUGUCUUCUGCAGAGGUUCCAUUUCAGCGUCCCUUCCGGCGCUUCCCUCCCUGACCUGCGCGGACGCCCGGGAGUCGUGCUUCAACCACGACGUUACGCAGUCACAGUAAAUCUGCGUCACUGA